UCAAGCGGAGGAGAAUGAGAAGCAAAUGAACAUCGACUUCCUGGUCACUAGUUCCAGCUUGGAGAAGUAUCUAGGGUACCCCCAACUGGUCUGUUUAGAAAUGUUGCCCAGUCGAAGAAGAAGUCCACUGUCGAGACUUCGAGGAGGGCAGUUGUCAAUCCUUCGAGAGAGACGAGAAAGGCAAAGGCGUAGUGGCGGAGCCUCCAAGGAGAAAUGUUGCUAACAAAGGCAGAAGCAAAAUGGCCGAACCUACUCCUCAGCCGCCUACGCGGAGGGUGGAACCCGCGGCCCCAAAACUAAAAGUAGGUUCCCCUUAGAAAACUGGGCAGGUCGAGAAACGCAGGGAUCAAGUUACUGAAGACUUCGAGGAAUCUCCCUUGAAGAGGAGGUCCGAGGUUGGCUCGGGAGCUGGGAGGUCUGCACCCUUCUGAAUGCUUUCGCUCAGGUUAUCAGUGAAUCAACGAAGAAUUUUUGGCACCAAAGGUUCAAACCGUGGAGAAUUAUGAGGCUACUCUCGGGAUUAAACCUGCGAAGCCGCUGCAGGUUCAACCACUCGCAAUUGUGCCUAUUUCAGCUGUUCCUAGGGAACCCAUGACUCCUUCGGCCUACGGUUCUGACGAGGAGUCUCCAGCGGAUGUGGAGAGCAUCCUUAAGCAAAUUGCUGCCCAUAUGCCCAGAAGUUCAGAAGCUUUGGCGGAGGACGCUAUCAUUAUUGAGAGUGAUGUCGUGGCAACUCCAGCUCCAGUGAAGAUUUCUAAGUCUAGAAGUCCCUCGGUGGCCCCCGAGGUUAACGGCGCCGAGGUCAAUCCGCCUCCAUCACUCCUUUGUACUAAAGUCGAACCUGCCUUUGAUCCGAAGAAAAGGGCUGAAAACACCAUGGGGGCCGAGAAUACCAAGAAGAUGUCUCGUCAACCCCAGGCUAGAUCUUACUCCGAUGAGUUGCUUCGUCAAACUGAGGUUAACCUUCAAGCUGGAAAGACGCUGGUCCAAACCGAGGAGGUUCCUCAUUUGACCGAGGAGCGUGCUCAUGUUUCGGCAUCAAGCCAUUCUGCCGAGGCUUCUCAGCCGGCAGGUUCCUCAGGGAACGCAAACACCUCUACCAGUUAGUCCCCCUCUCUGAGUUGGGCAGGGGAUUGCUGGGGAAUCCUUUUAGUGCCUUAGUAAAUUUGAUUCCCUGGAAUUUCCUGCGGGGUGUUGGCAGAAAGAGCCCCGACAAAGUGAUGGAGUAGAUCUUGUUUUACCAACUGGUGAACAUUAUGAAGUCAAUUUGCCUCUAUUGCGACUUUUGGAACUACCUUCAGAACUCGGCUUCGGAGACCAAGAAUUUGCAUAAAAAGU